AUGGCGGGCCUAUCAUUCAGUAACUAUCAAAGGAAUUCACACUUGGCUUCAACAGGCCAUAAAUACGCUAAAACAACAUCAACAGGUACUACUAUUGUUGGAGUGAAAUUUGAGAAUGGUGUUGUUAUAGCUGCUGAUACUAGGUCUACACAAGGAAAUAUUGUAGCAAAUAAGAACUGUGAGAAACUGCAUAAGAUAUCACCUAAGAUUUGGUGCGCGGGCGCAGGUACCGCUGCUGAUACUGAUGCCGUUACGUGGUUGAUCGGAUCUAGCUUAGAGUUGCAUUCCCUUUAUACUGAUAGGGAACCAAGAGUGGUAUCUGCGUUGCAAAAGUUGAAGCAACAUCUUUUUAAGUACCAAGGUCAUAUUGGUGCAUAUCUAAUUGUUGCUGGUAUUGAUCCUACUGGCCCUCACCUAUUUUCGGUUCAAGCCCAUGGUUCGACAGAUGUCGUCUACUACCAGAGUUUGGGAUCUGGAUCUCUAGCCGCAAUGGCGGUACUUGAAGCGAAAUGGAAGAAGGACUUGUCUAGGGAAGAGGCUAUUAAGUUGGCUGCAGAAGCUAUUGAGGCUGGUAUCUGGAACGACUUGGGAUCUGGCUCCAAUGUCGAUUUAUGUGUCAUGGAAAUGGGCAAGGAUGCUCAAUUGCUAAGAAAUUACAUCACUCCUAAUGUGCGGGAGCCCAAGCAGAACUCUUAUAAAUUUCAACGUGGUACUACUGCUGUGCUUAAGGAGCUAACUUUGGAAAUCUACGAUGAACAAGAAGUAGACACUUCCGCUUAG